AUGGUAUACAUCAAUCGAGCAUUUCAGGUGCUGGCUAUUGCUUCUUUUGCAGUUGCGGAUGAUGCUCCAGUCAAGACGAAUUCUCCAGAAUCUGCCAAGUACAUCGCUAAAUUUAGUGACAAUAUCGAAGGUUCUGUUGUGUUCUCCACUACGAGCAAUUCUACUGUUAAGGUCGAUGUUGAUUUCGAUGGAUUGCCAUCUGACGGUGGUCCUUUCGCUUACCAUGUCCACGUUGUCCAAGUCCCUUCUGAUGGUAAUUGUACGGCAACACUGGGUCAUUUGAAUCCGUACGAUGGCAGUGUGAAUGCAACAAGUCCUGCUGCAAAAGAGGUUGGAGAUUUAUCAGGUAAGCAUGGUGUCAUUGACGAUCAAUCUUACCAAACUUCUUACAUUGACGAAUAUAUAUCUCUGGAGGAGACCGAUCCCGCUUUCGUUGGUAACCGUUCGAUCGUCGUGCACUUCGCUAACAACACCAGAUUGGCUUGUGCUAAUAUCACCGAGUAUUCUGUCUCUUCCAACAGCUCCUCCAAUAGCUCUAACUCGACAGUAACUAGUGGAAAUGCUGCCGUUGCCAAUUAUGGCAAUGCCCCAGUUCUUCUUGGAGCAGUCGCAGCAGCUGUAGGUCUGUUGAUCUAA